AUUUAUGGCUGAUUUCGAGAAAGGGCAAGGUGCUCCUCCGCCUUACAAUACAGGAUACCCUCCUCAGCAAGGUUAUCCUCCUCAGCAAGGUUAUCCUCCUCAGCAAGGUUACCCUCCUCAACAAGGUUAUCCUCCUCAGCAAGGUUACCCUCCCCAGGGAUACCAGGCACCUGCAGCUCAGGGAGGGUACUAUAAUGCUAAUGAUGGACUUGAAGCUGGUCAUGGCAGUGAACAAGAUGAUUAUCUGAUUCAAUCGGGGAGAUUUGGAGAUGCUGAUGUUAGACGUGGAUUCAUCCGUAAAGUGUACGGAAUUCUGUCCAUCCAAUUUGCUAUCACUACCAUUUUCACAAUAUUUUUCUGUUACAGUGAUAGUGCCAAAGCAUGGGCCAUAACCCCUGCUGGAAAUGCUGUAAUGUGGGCAAACCUAGCCGUAUUGAUUGUUACUGAAAUUGCUCUGAUUUGCUGUGAAGGUGUGAGAAGGAAGCACCCUGUUAAUCUGGUGGUCCUCUUUAUCUUCACCUGCUCAAUGUCACUCUUUGUGGGCAUAAUUGCAUCCACAUACGAGCCGCAAGCUGUCUUGACUGCUGCUGGCGCCACAGCCCUGAUUGUGUUAGCUCUCACCAUUUUCUCUUUCCAAACAAAGUUUGAUUUCACUGGAAUGGGGCCUUAUCUCUUUGUCGUUCUUGUUUGCUUCAUGAUAUUUGGCUUCUUUGCAGCAAUUUUCCGAAGCAAUACAGCAAAUAUCGUGUAUGCUUGUCUGGGUGUGCUGAUUUUCAGCAUGUAUCUUGUCUAUGAUACACAACUGCUUGUGGGAGGAAAGAAGUACCAGCUGAGUGAAGAGGAGUAUGUCUUUGGGGCACUCACCAUCUACAUCGACGUUAUCCAAAUAUUCCUUUACCUUCUUGAACUCUUCGGAAGGAGAUAAGAACAUUUUUCUUCCUUUCUGACAGUGUGAUAUUUUCUUAUAAUGAUUACGAGUGACUCCAAUUACUCUAUUUUUUAAAUCAAAAGAUAUUUUCACAACUCUAAGUUUAUGGUACUUGAAACUAGUUGAUGUACGUAUUCAAGGAGAAAUGAUACCUGGCAUAAGAUCUGAUUUUUUCAGGUUCAGCUUUACACUCCAUAUUAACCAUUAUUUGAAGUGCUUAAUUUAUGGUCAAGGGCAUUCCAUUAAAUUGUGACAUUUUCAUUGUAACACUCUAUAUUUAUCACAAAAAGAGCUCAUUAAUUAUGAAUAAUAGUUGCUUCACUUGUUUCAAAUAUGGGGAUACAUUUCAUGAUACAUUUCAAUGUGCAUUAGUUUAUAGAGUUUUUGUUUCAUAGCGCUACUACUCACUACUUGUGUUUAUUUUAUCUAAUGUCAAUACCAGCAUAGCUUUUCAGAUAUUUUCGGUGGAGAUUUUAAUUUAUGAUCAAAUUGAAAAGGAAGUACGUAAAUUAUUGUUUGAGGUUUUGAAAAAAAAUAUAAAAAGGGUUUAGUUAAUACACCUCAUUAAAUGCAUGUAUCAUACAAUUUGCUAUUAUAGAUGCCAAUUUGCAUGAUUGUUUUUUAGUCUAAAUGAUAAUUGUUGAAGUGUGAUGUAAUUAAUUAAACUUACUUUUAAAAUUACAAAUUACUGGAUAUCUUUGCAAUUUUACUACCAUGAUGAAAAACAAAAAGAAUAAUUCAAUGCUUAAGUAGUUAUUGUGUUUGAAAAGUUGUUUCUUUGAUCAAUAUCAGUGACUCAAAAUUAUGUAGUAUUGCUUUAGAUUCAACUUGCAAUGUUGACAUAAAUGCCUGUAUACAGGUAAUCAUUUAAUAGUUUAUGAAACUUGUAAAUGAACUUCAGCCAAUUCAGGAAGCCGGGUAUAAUGAUACUGCUAUGUUUAACUUACCUGGCCGGCAUCAUUACAGUUCUUGCUAUUGAAGCCCUUAUCUUUCACCUGUGGUUUUCCAAGCAAGAAGAGUCCAGCCCUCCGGGCGAAGCUAAAUUAUCCCCCGACUGGGAUCACAUUAACACGAUAUUAGGAAAUAUAAACAGUGGUUCAAUUAACAAAUCCUCGCCUGCUGUGGGAAAGAGCACAGCUUCUUUCCUCAAUGUUGUUAUGUUAUUUAUGUUUCAAGAACUCAGAGAAGACACUAAAAUCAGAGCUCAAGUUCUGUCUAGAAUCAACAGUGAAAUCAGUGAUGUCCUCACCAGCAAGUUGAAAUCCAGAAUUAUCAAAACUUUAAGUGUGCACAAUUUCUCUGCUGGCACUUCACCACCAAAAAUCAGCAACAUUUAUAUUAGUAAACUAAAGAUGUGUGAGGAGACUAAGUUAUUCAGAAAAUUGCACAUAUCAGUGGAUGUGGACUAUAAAGGAUGUGGCAAACUAGCCCUCCAGGCAACUACAUUCAUGGGUAAAAACAUGUAUAUCAGUGUUGAAGUAACAAGGUUGAUUGGUAAGCUUAUAUUCAUAUUUAAUAGGGAGCCUCAAACACAUUGGGGCUUCUGCUUUAAUACGGAGCCUGAAGUUGAGUUCAAUGUUAUCAGUGCUUUUCAAAAACGGAGCUUGCCUAAAUUCACUAAAGUUGUUACAUCUGUUUUGAAGCACAUAGUCAGGAAAAAGCACACAAAACCCAACUACAAGCGUAGGUAUUCUCCUCUGUUCAAAGAACCCUACAUUUCCUUACCCCCAGAAAAACAGUUCUUUAUUUGUAGAGAACCGUUGGCUCAAGGAAAACUGAUCGUAAAGUUGAUCAGCGCAAACAGAGUAGUAAAGACAAACAGCACUAAGAAAGGGUGGUUUUAUUGCACUGUAUCACUGGGAGCAAAGAUGUGGGAUGCUGAAUGUUGCCCCCUGAAACAGAGCAUUUCGUUUGAUGCUGUUAUUCCAAAUGCUAACGACGGAAUAGGGAUAACCUUCAACGUUGAUGGGGAGCUGGAGAAGGGGCAGACUCCCAAGGUUGUGGUUGCAGAUGUGCAAAGAAACUCACCGGCUGCAGACAGUAACAUCAGACAGGGUGAUGUUAUCACAGCUAUCAACAACAAGAAAGCAUCUAGCUUUAAAGCUGCUCUUGCUGCAUCUUUAUCAGCUAAUAGAGCUAAACUGUCCCUUAGAAGACCCUUGAUCAAAUGGAAUAAGAUAUUCACAUCAGGCGAAGCUUCGCAAGACAUGGCAGCUUUUGAAACUGAUGCUGUUAAAGGCGCUACAUUUGUAGAGGAUGAAGAGUUCAUGAUACUAAAGGAGCUGGAGAUGGAGGACGAGGAGUUGUCUGAUAAGGAGACCCCUGUCACUGAUACUGUUAAACCUUCUUCUAGUGAAAAUGUUUCUGAGCCUUGUCGCAAUAAUUCUGAGAGUCUUCUCAGGACCCAGUACUGUUCCAUGUCCAUAACUCCAUUCUGGGACGAGUACUUCCUGUUAAAGAUGCAGGAAGCACACCAGUACUUGACAGUGUGCCUUUGGAAAGAAGAACCCCCAACCAGGUGGCCUACUAAUCCUGUAUUAGUAGGAUUCUGUAAUGUUAGCUUGGCUGAUCUAGUGUUACAAUGCAUAUCAACCUCUAGUAACUCUUACAACGAAUCCUUGAUGCUGUCUCUACCCAGUGAUUUGAAGUGGCAGGAAAAUAUAGUUCCCAGUGUGGGAUCCCUACCUCAGGUCCUCCCCAAGAUGGCGUGUAUUGCUGGAGAAGUUAAGCUACAGCUGACUUACUGUUCUACUGAUAGCAGCUCCUGUGAGCACUCCUUUGUAGUUGGCCAGGUUGAAAGAGAAGAGAAAUGUGAUGUGUGCUCCAAAGUUGUGGUUCACAAGACGGCUUACAUCUGCUCUAUGUGCGGAAAUAUACGCCACGAACAGUGCUUGAAUUCAGAUCCAACACCUCCCCCCAGACGCAGUGUCUCAGUGAAUAGAAGACCAGAUAAUCCUACUACCCCAGUUCUACGUAGUAGAUCAUUUAGUGUCCAAUCUGGAAGAAGCACUGCAGAGUCCAGUUCAAGUUCCUUUACUUUUCUUAAAGGAUCGGAGAAGAAAGCAGCUGUUUUUGAUGAGAAGUUGCAUGAUAUUGGAAACAAACUGAAAGAACAGAUUGCCCUGAGGAAAGCUCUAAUAGGAGCGAAGUCUCGCUGUUCAAGUGUCCCAGCAGCAAUACGGGAGCAACUGGUACAGAACGGGGAAAGUAUUAAGAACUUGACAAACCUCAAGGAGCAACUCACCUGUGACAGUGAAUUAUCAAUUGUUUUAUAAUUCACUUUGUGGUUGAUUUAAUUUUGAUUUUCUUUAGAUUUGAACUUAUCAAAAUAAAAGCUCAAUGAAUAUUUUUGAUUUAGCUUAAAUUGGUUUGUCUUCAUAAUUGUGAUGGUGGCGCUUUUCAUAAUGCUUGGUGCUUACUGCUUAUGCACAAUUUUGUAUGGUAAACCUAAAAAUAGUUGUUCAUAUUUUAGAGGUAAAUGCUUAUGUUUAAAAAAGUCAAGUUUAUUUUUUGUAAUUUUCAGAUUUUACGUUAUAUGGUGAUGAUGUGUUUUAGAUGUUUUUAUGUGAUUUUA